AUGAUUCUUCUCUCAUUCCUGGAGCAUGCCCGCUCACCGCGGCCGUCGAUGCUGCUUGGCAUAUAUCACCUGAUAACCGCUUUGUUCGACAUUGUUCAGCGAGCAUCGGACCCCUCAAAGCAGCAAAGUCCCGAGGCGACGAGCGGUAUCAUCAGUCUGUCAACUUACUUCUGGAUCAAUGACCUCUUUCUCAGGGGCUUCCGCAGGCUUCUCGUCCUCGACGACUUGUUCGCGCUCGAUGAAGCAAUGCCAGCCGACGUCUUGUACACCGAGUUUGGACCUCUUCUCGAGAAGAACAAAACGCAGGGUCACAAGCAUGCUCUCUUCAGCGGCAUGGCGCAGACGCUCGUAGGACCGUUCAUCCUCCCCAUCAUUCCACGGCUUUGUCAGAUGGGCUUCAAAUUUUGCCAGCCUCUCAUGAUUGAGAGCUUAUUGAACUAUCUUCAGGAGCCCGUGGGCAUUUCAUCACCGAACAAGGGGUACGGUUUUAUCGGCGCUGCCUUUCUUAUCUACAUCGGCAUGGCCACGUCCAGUUCGAUUUACUGGUACUUUCAAGAGCGCUUCGUUCACAUGGCGAGAGGUAUCUUGGCCUCGGUCGUCUACCGCAAGACAACCGUCAUCAGCCUGACCGCCGCGGACGAUUCCGCAGCAUUGACGCUUAUGAACGCCGACGUGGAGCGCGUCAAGAACGGAUUCCAGCCACUCCACGAGUACUGGGCCAACACGAUUGAAGUUGCGUUGGUAUGUUGGUUGCUGCAACGCCAAAUCGGCGCGGCCUUUGUUGCACCCGUCGUUGUUGUCAUCGUGUGCACGGCGGCCUCCACAGUGACCGCCAAGUUCACAGGGAAGCGCCAGACAUUGUGGAUGGAAUCUAUUCAGCAGCGGGUCGGGGUCACUGCCAAAGCCAUCUCAAGCAUGAAGGCACUGAAGAUCUCGGCCAUGUCUGGGCCGAUCGAGAACCUGAUCCACACCCUGCGCCUCAAGGAACUCGGCGUAGGUGGGAAAUGGCGCUUGAUGCUCCUCGCCGCCGUAACGAUCGCGUACACGCCGUCUCGGCUCGGCCCUGUCAUGGCAUUCGCCGUGACUUCUCAGACUCUCAACGUCACGCGUAUCUUCACCUCCAUGGCAUAUCUCAUGCUCUUGGCCGGUCCGCUGGGAAGCUUGUUCCAGACCAUUCCGCAACUGGUUUCGGCAUUCGCCUGCUUGGGCCGUAUCCAGGCAUACCUAGAUAAAGACAUAAAGCAACCUUCGUUCGGGUGGGCCGAGGAGAAGUACCAUUUGAACGAGGUCGAUAUACUCAUCCCUGCCAACUCCCUCACCAUCAUCGUGGGGCCUGUAGCUUCAGGCUACUGCGAUCAGUCUCCAUUCCUCUACAACAGCACGAUCAAGGCCAACAUCAUUGGGCACUCUGGGCUAGAUCCUGAACGCUAUCGCCAAGUCAUCGAUGCUACGAUGCUUUCUGCCGAUUUUGCAACACUUCCCAAAGGCGAUCGCACCAAAAUCGGCAGCAACGGGCUGACCUUGAGUGGUGGGCAAAGACAGCGAGUCGCUCUCGCCCGCGCCCUGUACCUCGAGUGUGAUUUACUCAUCCUAGACGAUAUCCUGAGCGGCCUCGAUGCGACCACCGAGGAGCAUGUCUUCAGCCGGGUCUUUGGCAACGAUGGCUUAAUUCGCCAGAGGCACGUCACGGCUGUGUUGUGCACGCACUCUGUUCGACAUGUACCAUUAGCAGACCACAUCAUCGUACUCGGUGCCGACUGUACUGUGGUGGAACAGGGAUCUUUUGCAGACUUGCAAACCAAUGGCAAGUACGUCCAAAGCCUAAAGAUCCAGGAGGCCGAGACCACCCCUCAAGGACAGAAUGAGGCAACCGGCCAUCCUGAAAAGGUUCCCUUGGCGCUUACAGUGACUGAAGUCUCCGAUGUGGCAGAGGAACCAGACAAGGCACGUCAACCGGGCGAUGUGGCAGUUUACAAACACUACUUUGGCAGCAUGGCAAAAUGGGUCAUUGCAGUCUUUAUCUUUUGGUGCUGCGCCUACGCCUUUUGCAAGAACUUCCCCACCGUCUGGCUUAAAUUCUGGUCCGAGGACAUCACCGCCGCGGACCCGAAGCGUUCCGGCGCGUUCUACAUGGGCAUAUACGCUCUUCUCCAGAUCAUGUGCCUCGGCUCCCUGAUGGCGGUCGUCUUUCUCAACACACAGACCAUGAUUUCGCAGUCCGGAUCGAGUCUGCACCAGCAGGCUCUAAGGACACUUGUCGGCGCGCCUUUGAGGUUCUUUGCGACUACGGAUACGGGGACGGUGACCAACCUGUUUGCCCAAGAUCUCGCUCUGAUCGACAGCGAGCUGCCGAUGGCACUCAUCAACUUCUCAGUCUUGCUUUUUGCUGCUGUGGGUAUGGCCGUCGUGAUUGCCGUUUCAUCACCGCUAACCGACUCCCUUUUCGGCUCCCACUUUAUUGAUACUCUCAAGGGUCUAGCGACGCUGAGAGCUCUGGGUUUCAUCUCCGCGGAUAUCACAGUCAACAACGAUCUCCUCGACACCAGCCAGAGGCCAGCGUACCAGCUUGCAAUCAUCCAGCGCUGGCUGCAGCUGGCACUCAAGUUACUGGUCGCUGCUCUGGCGACUAUUGCAGUGACGCUAGCGACCCAACUACGAGCGAGCUCUGGAUUUACCGGAGCAUCCUUAGUCACUCUGAUGUCUUUUGGUGAUACCCUGACCACAAUCGUUCAGUCUUACACGAUGCUCGAAACGAGUAUUGGAGCAGUGGCACGCCUGAAAACGUUUAGCGACACGGUUACACCGGAGACUGGCCCCGACGAGGAUAUCAUUCCCAAGGCAAGCUGGCCUGAGAAAGGAGCGAUUGAGAUCAAAGCAGUCUCGGCGUCUUACGGAGUCUCCAAGGACCAAUCGCACUCCGAGGACGGAGAGAAGCCGCACAGUGACCUGGCCAUCCGAGAUCUGCAUCUCUCGAUCAGUCCCGGCGAAAGGGUAGUUAUAUGCGGGCGAACGGGGAGCGGCAAGUCGUCGCUCAUCCUCUUGUUGCUUCGCCUGAUUGAGACACUACCCGGGAGUGCGGACGGGAUCGUGGUAGAUUCCGUGCCGCUCGACAAGGUCGACCGCGACACUCUGCGGCGCCGCAUCAUAGCCGUAUCACAGGACGCCAUCUUUCUCCCCGAUGGCUCGAUGGUGAGAGACAACCUCGACCCGUUUGGCGCAGCGACCGAGGCCGAGUGUCUCGAGGUCUUGGAGCAAGUCGGACUACUCGCGGGGAUACAGGGACGAGGCGGCAUCGGCGCCGAGCUUACCGCGGACUCUUUCAGCCAGGGGCAGAAGCAGCUGUUCUGCCUCGCCCGCGCAGCCUUGCGGAGGCGGGUCAAAAGUCGCGGUGGGACGGAUGGGGGUAUUCUCCUGCUCGAUGAAGUUUCCUCGAGCGUCGAUCGGGCUACGGACCUUGUCAUGCACGAUAUCAUUCGGUGCGAGUUCAAAGGAUACACAAUCAUCAUGGUGUCACAUCGCCUGGACAUGGUCUUGGACUGCGAUACGGUCGUCGUCAUGGAUAAGGGCCGUGUAGUGGAAAAGGGUGCGCCGUGUGCGCUGAAAGAUCGGGAAGGAGGCAUGUUCAGGGAGCUGUGGAACAGUAGCAGAAUGACGGAGGAGUCAUGA